GUGUACUUCACAUCACAGGCACCACGUGACACAUAGACGGACUCCUCGCGUCCCUGCUCUCCUGGACACAGAGAAUUCAGUCAAUGAAUGGAUCUGCCGAUCUGCCGAUCUACCACCUCCGACCCAAUAGUUGUGAUAACCCCACGUCGAUCGAUAAGCCUCCCGAGCUGAGAUUGAGUGGUCUGAUCAGGAGUUUUUUGGGCCUGGAAUCAGUCAAUCGUAUAUUAGUCCCUCGACGAGAUGUCUUUUUGCAUCGCAGCAGUCACAGCCAGUGCUCUUAUAAUCCUGAGCACCUUCUCCCUAGUCCAGAGCAACGUGACCUUCCACUUCUCCCUGGAUUUCAAUGACAAACAGCCUCCCAACUCGAGUGAGGUGAUCGAUAAGACCAUUCUGGUGGAGGACAAUGAGAUCACAAUGGUGGACAGUGAAGCUACAACUGCCUCACCAAUUGGACAGUGGUCGAAUGAGGACCAAUUCAACGACUUCACGCUGAAAAAUGUUCUUGAAACUAGGAGUCUUGUCCAGCAACUAAAUGCAGAACUCUCCCCGUUGGCUGGCAGAAGCAAUUACUUGGCCAGGACACUGAAGCUGAGCCUGCGAUACGUCAAUGCCGUGGAUGCCAGUCUCGAAAAUCUGACCAACUUUGGGCAGCUAGUGGAGCUGCUCAGAAAGUUUGUCAGCCUAAUAGACAUUCUGCGCGAUCCCUCUAAUUUUGGUGGUGCUCGCAGUUUGGAGUACGUACUCUUUAAACUGGUGCUGGAGAAGUACGAUAUCCCUAACAAACGGCAGGAAAUUGGAGAGUUACUGGAAAGGGCGGAGCAAGCGUGGCAGAGGUACCAAAACUCACAGGUGGUUAUCUUGGACAACUCAACCUGAGAUUUUAAAAUACUCAUCCACAGCACGCUUAAGAUACACUUUAGGAAUAGACUUAGGGUAGAGUCCUGAGGACAAAGACUUUGGCUGCACCAUCCUAAAGGCAGCCGGACUCCUAAACCGAAAAACCCAUUGAAGGGACAUCCUGUCCAUUAUGCAGUUCUAAUAAAACAAGAACCUAUAGAACGAACAGAACAGGUACUGGGUUGAAGGAGAGUGCAGGGGAAGGACAAGCCAUGAGGGGUUUAAUUACACCUGGAAAAACAUAAAACCAAUUAUUAAGCGUAUAAUUAGUUUUUACUAAAAUGAAAAUUGUUUCUCCAUAAGAAAUAAACAGCCUAAGAAAACAAA